AUGAUUCUGCUCUUCAGUAACGUCCCCAUCGUUGUUCCUGUAGGCAUUGCACUUCUCCUUGCGAGCAUUUACAAAUGUUUGAUUUACCCUGCAUUUCUCUCUCCACUGUCGAAAAUUCCAAAUAUCCAUCCUGUGGCUGCAAUAACGUCAUUAUGGAUGCUCUGGAUCCGUUUUCGCAAUGUGGAAAAUGACACGGUUUUCCAAGCGCACAAGAAGCAUGGUCCGGUGAUCCGACUAGGGCCCAAUGAAGUCAGCGUCAAUUGCGUUGACGAUGGUAUCAAGACAAUAUAUGGCAAGGGGUUUGAAAAGACCCCGUAUUACUCCUUCUUUGCAAACUUCAACGUAUCAAACAUGUUUUCGAGUCUCGAGUCAAGGCCACACGCUAUCAAAAAGAAGCGAAUUGCAAAUAUAUAUUCGAAAUCGUACCUGCAGAAUUCGCCGGAUAUAGCAGUGAUCACCGCGGCCCUACUGAUGGAUCGUUUGCUGCCUCUUCUUUCACGGUACGCGAAGACUGGAGAGGCAUUCGACGUCAUGCCAAUCCAUCAAGCUUCCGCCAUGGACUCGGCCACUGCGUAUUUCUUCGGUCUUGAAAGCGCCACAAACUUCUUGCUAGAUGAAAAUUCUCGUCUGCAUUGGCUCAAGGUCUACCUUCGGAGUCGACCGCGUGAUUAUAUGUUCUAUCUUCAAGAGCUGCCCAUGCUUACGCGGUGGCUUGCAAACAUCGGCUUUCAUCUUGUGCCGCGAUCGAGGGAGAAGUACAAUGAUAUGGUAGAUGCUUGGUGUCUCAAAAUGUGUGACGGUGCCGAGAAAACCCUGUCCUGUGGCUGCACGACUGAGAUUGUCCCUGGAAAUAACCCGGUAGUCUACAGGCAGCUGAAAACCAUUACGUCUAAAGAGGGAUUGGCUUCGGAUGCGAAAGUAACUCUGAAUUGCUUUAAGUCCGAGGGCUCGACUGGUCCGACUGCAGUGCCUGAUCUGCGAAACAUUCGAUCACCCCAGCAACUGGAAGUGGCAAGCGAGCUACUGGAUCACAUCGUUGCCGCUCACGAGACUUUCGGUACUACACUGACCUACAUAUUUUGGGAGCUAUCCCGCCACCCAGAAAUGCAGCAGCGUCUUCGUUGCGAGACCCUGUCCCUUGGUCAAUACUUCCUUUUCCCCCAGGUUUCACAAAAUCGUAUAGGCGAGCUGCCCGACGCUAAAUCAAUCGAUGAGCAACCUGUCUUGCAUGCCAUUGUCAUGGAGACGCUACGCUUGCAUCCCGCUGUGCCUGGCGGGCAGCCACGACACACACCGCCAGAAGGUUACAUCAAACUAGGCAAACAUUCGGACAUCCCAGGCGGCGUUCGUGUUGGUGCCUAUGCGUGGAAUCUUCACAAGAAUCCAGACGUCUUUCCAGAUCCACUCGGAUGGCAUCCCGAGCGAUGGAUGCCUAGGGAAGAGUCACGACCAUGGCAAGGUACAGAUAAGAAGGAGCGCUGGUUCUGGGCAUUUGGCAGUGGUGCGCGAAUGUGUAUCGGAAGCAACUUUGCGAUGCAAAUGAUGAAAUACAUCGUGGCCGCUACGUACGUAAACUUCGAGACCAGUAUCGUGGAUGACGAGGGCAUUGAGCAGGCGGACGGAUUCAUUGCUGGACCCAAGAGCGACAAGCUGAUCCUCAGCAUCCGUCCGGCGCAUCGAAGCUCCCUUAACUCGGUGGCUCAGUGA